AUGAUUGACACUCUCAUCACUGUCGCGUUCUGCCUUUCCAGCGCGUUGACAGUGCUGAUCCUGCUACUCCCAUCGCAGUAUGAUCCUCGUCCCGCUUCGGCGAAGGACACGCCGCGACAAACAAGCGUGCAGAUUCUAGUGCUAGGAGAUAUUGGUCGAAGUCCCCGUAUGCAAUAUCAUGCACUGAGUAUUGCAAGAAAAGGUGGAAAGGUGGUGGUCAUUGGGUACACAGAGUCCGAACUUCAUCCAGAUAUUGUUUCGAACCCCAAUAUCUCUAUCACUCCUAUACCUCCUCAUCCGAGCAUUCUGCAGACGAACAACAAACUCCUAUUUAUGAUCUAUGGGCCAUUGAAGGUGUUGUUUCAGAUUGUCUGUCUAUGGAGGUGUCUGGCAUACAAGACCACUGCAUCACAAUGGUUGUUGGUACAAAAUCCGCCGUCAAUUCCAAGCUUGGCUGUCGCUUCUCUAUCCUGUUUUUUGCGACAAACACGAUUGGUCAUUGAUUGGCAUAACUUUGGGUAUUCCAUCCUGGCAUUGAAACUCGGCCCGACCCAUCCUCUCGUCAAGCUCUCCACCUGGUAUGAGAAGACAUUCGGCCAAUGGGCAUCGGCCCAUAUCUGUGUCACCAAUGCUAUGGGCUCCGUUCUUCGGCGGGAAUUCCAGCUUCAGGCUCCUGUGUUGCCAUUGCAUGAUCGUCCUGCCAAUCAUUUCAGUCCCAUUCUGAAUCCAGAGGAGCGUAUAAAAUCCCUCGCCACCUUUAUAGAAGCCAAUUCAAUACAAGAAUCGAUAAUAGCAGGUAGCACACGAGUUCUGGUCAGCUCGACCUCGUGGACCCCAGAUGAGGACUUCUCCGUCCUCAUCAACGCAUUGCUGCAAUAUUCCAAUAUGGCUGUGUCUCAGCCAAACUUACCCGAAAUUAUGGCCAUCAUUACUGGGAAAGGUCCCCAGAAAGAAUUUUAUCUCAAGGAGAUCUCGGCCCUCGAGGAUGCUGGAAAGCUCCAGAAGGUUACGAUCCGCACCGCAUGGCUGAGCGUUCCAGAUUACGCAAGACUCCUUGCAUCAGCAUCUCUAGGGGUAAGUCUUCAUACCAGUAGCAGCGGAGUGGACCUACCAAUGAAGGUUGUCGACAUGUUUGGCGCUGGAUUGCCCGUUGUUGGCUGGAAUCGCUUUCAGGCCUGGUCUGAGUUAGUAAGCGAGGGUGUCAACGGGAUGGGCUUUGGAAACGCAAGUGAAAUGGCCGAUCGACUGGUUGAGCUGUUCAGUGAUGACUCAAAGCUUGAAAAUCUCCGUCUGGGAGCUCAAAAAGAAAGUAUCCGGAGAUGGGAUGAUGAAUGGGAUCCCAUCGCUGGAAAACUCCUUGGUCUCUAG